AUGGCUGAUCAAGUUCGAACGUAUGUACUUUUUGAAACGUAUGAAGAUAUUUCUUCUGAAUAUAAAUUAAAUAAAAUAACAUACAAUGCCGCCGAAGCUGAAAAGUUGUUGAAUCCGUUUUUGGCGUCAACUACAAUUGCUGUAGCAGCAACAGCAACUUCAUCAGUGGGAAACGAAAAAUUAGCAUGUGUUGGCUUUGUCGGCGGAAAAGAACGCAUUCCAGAAGCCUGUAAACAUUAUCUCGAGUUAUCAACAGAGGAUAUUCGUACUGUUGAAACGAAACUAUAUCAGAAGAACGAAGGCCUUUUAGUCGUCACGAAAGAUCGCAAAGUAGCUUUUGUUUAUCGAAAUGUUGAAUCAGUUUUCAACACUGGUCCGCUAUCAUCGUCUUUAUUAGCGAUCGAUUAUGUUCGUUACAUGCUAGAUAUCUGUGAAAAAAUAAUCGUUAUGCCGCCGGCUGAACUCGAAUGGGAUCCAGCUAUGACCAAGCCGUUUCAAGAUUCAGCCAAUACUUAUGUUCAAUUGCAAGAACGAAGUGUUCGUCCGAAUGAAAUCAUAUCAAUAAUGGAAAUUAAUAAAAAUCAAUCAUCUUACAAUUUAUCGCACUGUGAUACAAAAUGUACACAUUUUUGUCGACAACAGCUCAAUGUUUGCUCGCACGAUCAUCAACGCUACCUGUAUUCAUAUCAUUUACGUGAAGAUAUUGAGUUGACACGAAGACAAAAUUCCGUUAAUACAAAAGAUCUAGAAAAUGCACUUAUUCAUUCGAAAGAUAUACUCAUUGAUUAUGAUCGUGCAUCUAGAACUGCUCAGGAAAAAUGGAUGAAACAGAGUUAUUUUCAAAAUUUCAAACAACGUUCAUUAAAUGUAUUUCAAUGUUUUGUUUUCGAUCAUAAACAAAGAGAAUUUGAAGAUUUAUUAACUAAUAUUGUAAAUGCAUAUGAUAACCUUGUCGCGCGAAAAUUACGUGAGAAAGAAAAGCGUUUAGCCAAAAAAGUAGUCAAAGUCUGCCAAUUACAUUCAUGUUCAUUAAAAUUCAGUAAAAAACAUCAUGGAUUUUUCUCACAUGUUGCUUCAACAGUUCGUUCCAUAUUUGAUAUAUCUGAAGAACCGCCAUCGAAAUUCGAACUUGAUUACAGAGCACGCACAGAACGAUGCUCAGAUAUUUGUUUAACAUUAUAUGAUAUCUUGAAACGACUAGAGUCAUCGACCUCAGCAUCGGAUCGUAUGUGUGACUUAAAACAGAUUAUUCAAGAUUUAGAUGAAGAUUCAUUAAGCUGUCGUAUACAUUAUGAACAUAGGUUUUCUAUUCAAGAGAAAAUUCGACAAGCAUGGAGAGAUUGUGUUCAGACUGGCUUAGCGCAGCUGCAAGACGAACUGGAAGAAACAAGACGAUCAUCAUUGCAGAAUAUGUUAAACUGGCUAAAUGAAAAUACACACAAAACAGAUGAAACACAUCGAUUCGAAUUGAAUAUCCUUUUUUACGAGUGUAGCCCAAUUGUCGACGUAGAAGGAAAUGUUGUGGAUUAUAAAAUAACAAGAAAAGGCUUUGAAAUCAAACAACGGCUGCCAUUGGGAGCAAAUGAAAAACCAAAGGAUGUAUCACUUUCUCAAGUCAUCUGUGUAACAGAUAAAAUUGGCUAUUUUAACUUUAGUAAUUGGCCAAAUGGACGAUCAUCUUUGUAUUAUUUUAAUUUUGCAAAUCCAUCAUAUGCGGAGAUUGAACUCCAACAAAAAUUGUUGUCACCAGAAACAAGACUGAUCAUUGAUGAGAAAGCUAAUAUCUAUCUCAUCUAUGAUAAUUUGAAUCGACGAGCUGAACGUGGAAAAUUAGAUGAACGAACAGGACGAUUGCAAGCACCGACACCUGUGUCGAAUUUGUACGGUCAAACGAUUGAAGAUUUAGUGAUUGCCGACGGGGACGCCAUAAGUACGCCAAUUUUAAAUCAUAUUUCCACGAUAUGUUUCCUGCAAGGAAAUGAUUCGGUGUUACUCUUUGAUCAAAGUUUUAGCCUCAUUGAAUACCGAUACCUAAGCGGUACAUUGAAAUUUAUAUGUAAACGUGUGAAUCAAGAUACAUACAUUAAGAAAAUUUCGCUGAAACCAGCUGAUGGAAAAUAUACACAGGUAUCAGCUGUCCCUGGUGGUAAAUGUAUUUUGUUACAAUGUGAGAAAUCGCUUGAUAUUUAUGAUUUAACAUGGUCAAUGAUUGGGUCUAUUCCAAUACAUGAUACAAAUUUGUUUAGUGGAUAUAAAACAUUCGCCGAUCAAACAAAUACCUACGUGGUUUUAAAUGAGCAUACUAGCGAGUGCUACGUUUAUUUACUGCGCGGUUUAUCAGCAGCACGCACAUUGGAUAUUGAACGUGCUUCCGUUGAACAACUCAAAGGUUUUCCACUGUUAGAUAUAUUUUAUCUAGCUCAGAGAAAGUUUGGACCGUCGUCUGACUGUAUCGGUUGUCCGCGAAAAACACAAAUCACUCUGAUGCUACCAAGCGACUUACUAAUAAAAGAAGAUAAGAUCGAUACGUAUUUCACUCAGUUGUUUAUUAUUGGUAUGUGUUUACAAAUCGAGUCUUUAACUGAUCCGGAUUACAAAAAUAUAUUUCGACGUUUACCACAAAUUCAAAUCAGUGAUUUCAAACAAAUAUUAGGAUCGCGUGUCCCCAUUCAUGUAGCAACCAUCGAAGAAUCAAAUAUGUUCCCGUUGCAGGAUGGUAAAAAUAUUACUGAUGAAAUAGCGGCGUGGAAGAGUUCAAAGGAUACUAAGACAGGACUUGUCCAACGUAUAACAGAAUUAAUUCGCAUUGGUGCAUAUGAAACAAUUUUACAAAAUUGUCAACAAAAAGUGAAAGUAACUGCUAUUGUGGGACGUCAAAGCGGCGGAAAAUCUUAUUUGUUAAAUCGUUUAACUGGCACAAGAUUUAACGUUGCUGCAACACGUUGUACGGACGGAAUUUGGAUGUCUGUUACUUUCGUCGACGGGCAACCACUAAUUGUACUUGAUUGUGAAGGUCUGUUUUCUACCCGUCGAAAUGACCUAGAAGAAAUGAAACUCUGCCUGACGCUAUCAGCACUAACUGAUAUUUUAUUAUUAAAUCAAGAUUUAUCGUUCAAUCGUUAUUUGACACAGCUCUUUAGUAAUUUCUCAAAAAGUUGUGACCGUAUGAAAGGUUCAAAUUUGUUUAAAGGGUUUCUUAUGAUGGUUAUUCGAGAUGUGUCAACUCAAGAUGCUGAUGGUGCUUAUACCGAAUUAGUUAGUAAUAUAAGACAACAAGCUGCUAAUAAUCGUUCAUCAUAUCUUCAGAAGUUAUUCGGUGGAAAAAUACGCGGUCAAUGUUUACAUCAUUUUGAAAAUCGUGUGUUUGUUAAAGAAAUUGAAGAUAUGCGAAAAUUAAUACUUGAAUUACCUUUUCGUUGGAAUAGUGGCCAAGAGUUUUUAGAAAGUUUAAAAUUAACCUUGGCACAAGUACAUACGGACGAUGAUACAGUAAUGGACGUUCAUCGGUUGAAAAUGUCAUUUUCAAGGUUGGAGCGAGAAGCACAUACAAUGCUUAUUCAAGGUGAGUUACAUAUGAAUAAUUUGCAAUAUGCCGUCUUAAUUCUCAAAUUUUUUUGUGCCUUUGUUUCAGGUGGCAGCCAGUUUUCGACAUGUGGCAAGUGUAUCAUAAAAAUUCAAAAAUUGACUGGUGAAACAGGAGAAGAGGAAAUAAUUAUUAAUCAAGAAAAAAUUAAUUUCGUGGCUUACUUGUACAAUGAUGAGAGCACUGAACGUAUGGAAGAGGACGAUGAACUGGCUCGGACAGCAUUAUUGUUUUUCGAUUUGAUUUCUGAACAUUUCAAAUGUAACUAUAAUGAAUCAUAUCAUAAUGUAUGGUUUACAAAUGUUGACAAUGUUUUGAAACAAACCCUAGAACAUCGAAUACAAUUUAUUUUGUCGUAUGUACAACAACAAAUGCCAACUACGGAAGCAACAUACGCCGCAGAUAUCAAAGAUUUUGAGGUCUCGUUAAAAGGAAAACUUGAUCUGUUAUAUCAAAAGUCCAAAAUAUGCAUCCGUGAAUGUCGGCGAUGUAAACGGUUAUGUGUUAAACAUAACGAUCAUCGAGAUGAUUGUAAUUGUGAAACGGAUCAUCUCUGUAAAGAACCGUGUGAGUUAUGUACUUUAUCAUAUUUGUGCUGUAAGUUAUACGGACAUGAUAACAAACACCAUUGCAAUGGAGGUCACGUCUGUGGUAAACCAUGUACGGUAACAAGUACAUGUACGAUGUUCUGUGCACUAGACUCGUCGCAUGAAGUUCAUGAUUGUUUAAAUCGACAUUAUUGCACGGAAAAAUGUUCGCAGCAUCCACAAUGCGACAAAAUUUGUUCAUAUGAUAUCAGAUUGGUGCAUGAAGAGCACUACUGUGGCGAGCAAUUUUGUCCAUAUACAUGUUCAAUCGAAGGAUGCCGACAACGGUGCAGGUUUAAAAAUCAUUUUCAUCAAAAUCUGAUUGCUAAUAAGCAAGAAAAUGAAUUAAAAGUAUUGCUUGACGGUUCUGUUAAAGAACAUAUAAUCAAUUACCAUAUAUGCUCAAAUGAGCAUGCCUGUAUCGAGACUUGUAUUCAACCAGGUGUUUGUGGUAUUGGUUAUGAUAUCGUUGAAAAAGAAUGGACAAAUGAAAUGAACACUUUUCCAUAUAAAUUUUAUGAACCAAAACCUGCAAGAUCCAAAUGUGUUCUAGCAAUCUCAUUAAAAACAAGAACACAUGCAGGCGUAUCACAUAACUGUAAAAUUGACCAUCGAUGUGGUCAUCAAUGUCCUGAAUGUCGAAGUUUUUGUCAAUUGCCUCACAGUCAUCCCGAACCGUAUCAUAUGACCAAUACACAUCGAAAUAAAGAAUGUAAUGUGUUUGUAACAAAACAUGAUACAACAUCUGCAGCAAGGUCCGUUGUAGUUAAAACUGAAGGAAAAUCACGAGAAUACAAACCAGGAGCGGAUGAGUGUUGUGAUAAUUUAUAUCCAUAUGUUAAACAUUCCAGAGAGCAAUGGUAUCCGUUCACCGAUCGUGUUUAUGACUUAUGGUUAUGUGAAGCUUAUUGGCAUUCAUUAGGCUGGGAAGUACCAUAUACUGACGACGUUAGUUCAAGAAUUAACAGCUGUUCAUACUAUUGUUCACAUCCAACUCAUGUCAGCGACACUCAAAGUUUUUGUACGCAAACAGCAUGGCACACAAAUGAACAUACAUUUGCAUGCAAACAUGAUAGUUUUGAUAAAUUAUAUAUUGUUUUCUGUUGUGAUACAACAGGAUCAAUGAGUACCUAUAUCGAAGAAUCAAAACAAACAAUACAACGGAUAAUAGAAUCAGCUAAGGCAAUUAAAGAUGUACAAUUCCGUUUUGUUGCCUACCGUGAUCAUCCACCUCAAGAUACAACAUAUGUUCAACAAUCAAAUCCAGACAAUUUAACAACUGCAGUUGUGGUGACAACAUUUAUAAAUACUCUUACUGCUGAUGGUGGUGGCAAUGGACCAGAAGCAGUACUUGACGGCUUAAAUGAAGCUGUGAUCAACACACGAUGGCGUGAUUCAACUACACUGAAAUAUAUUGUUCAUAUUGCUGAUUCUCCACCGCAUGGUUCGAUUUAUACAGGCGGGAGUGGUGAUCAUUGGCCCGGCGGAUGUCCAUGUGGUCUGACAAUUGAAAAAAUAAGUGAUGCUCUCAAUGCGAAAAAUAUUCGAUAUAAAUUAAUGAAAAUUGGUUCCUAUCCAAACACGAUGGCAUCGAUAUUUCGAACGCAUAUCAGAAAUUACGAAGAAAGUGAUUUAACUGGAGCUCUAGACCUGAGUACCAAAUUCGUCGGCAUUCUCGCCCGUGAUCUUCAAGCCGAAGAAAUCGACGUAGUAGUAUGA